AUGGAAAGCAUCUCACACGACUCUGAACUCAUGACCCAGUAUGUGGCCGCUAAGCCAUUCAACAAUUCAAACCGAUUCAUCGCAGUUCGCGAUGAGGCAAACCGCCUGAUGCUUUUUUCCAUCGGCACGGACAGUGAAAUAUGGGUGUCCAAGAUUGGCAGCUCUGGCCAGCGAGAGCUUCACAACUUUGGGAUCAUGCUGGGCUUUGGCACUUACAAAGCACAAGCUCUCGACGUAGCGCAGGAUCCUUCAUCUGGUGUGCUGUACAUUGCCCUAGCCACCGAGAGGAACGCGUCCGAGAGUACUGUGUCUCUGCUUAGACCAUUCCAUCCAAAGGACCGUGACCUGAGCUCUGCUGCUACGAAGCUGGGCGAUCUUAUUAUGACGGAGAACAGCCCGGCUUACAACCGAGUUUACUCAAUAUCUAUGGUUGGUACAGCAGCGGACAGCGUUUAUCCGCCUACACUACUGCAAUACCAGACGACCGUCCAUGAAUCCCACGAUCUUGCCUCGAUAGCAGUGAAAAAAGAGAAUGGCUCGUACAGCUGGGACCGGGAAACAGACGUCCAGCUGCCCGAGAAUGCAUCUAACAUCUUGGCUAUCCAGCCCAUGGUCGCCAAGCUGGGAGAUCAUACACUGCCUGGAUAUGCAACCUUGUAUGUUUUGCAAGGCGAAACACAAUUGAUUUUCCAGACGGUCAAUGUCCAACAUAAAUACAGCAAAACUCUGAAGUGUCCUCCAGGCGCACAGAGCCUAUCGACUGUUAUAAGCUCUGACGGGUUCUCCGACCUGCUCAUCGGGGGUACGGGUCUGUAUCGCUACCAUGCUGACCUGCAACAAAUCACUGAGAAGACCGAGGCCGACCUGAUAUCCCAAGAGGGUGUAUUUGGCUCCGUUAAAUAUCUGAGUGUUACCCAGUCCGGUGAGAAUCUAUCUGUCUGGGCCACCAACACUGCAGAUGGGGUGGGAUAUAUCCAAACAACACGCGAAUUUACUGGAUCUAAAUUAGCUGUGCCAGUCAUCCCAGAUGGGCAGGGUGGAUACUUCACCCCGUUCAAGGCGACCUCCACUGAUGUCGAGAAGUUUGUCUUUGCCGACAGCAAUGGGCAAUUAUCGAUGCUGGAGCAGGAUCAGGAAUCCGGAAUCUGGAACAGGUGUCCGCUCAUCACGCCAGCCUUGAAGGAGGUGUUUCCUGUCCAGGGUUAUGUGAGCCAGAUCGCACUGCUUGGGCCAGACAAGCUGCCAGUAGCUAGCGAAAGAGCUAUUCUGCGGUCCUCGGGCGACGUGAGUGUCAUUGCUAAUGGACGUCCGGUUCUGGCUACACCGGCUGGGGUUGAGGUACGCUCUGAUGAAGGAGGACUUGUCACCAUCACGGUGCCAACGCAGGAUGUCUCGACUUACACUUUCACCGUGUCAAACGUCGCUUCUGCCACCGACGAUUCGCCCACCUUAAGUGGAUUUGAUCCGUCAGACAAAGUGUUCGGCAAGCUGGCCAAUGUCAAAUCUAGCGACGAUCUCAAGAAAACAGGGCUUGUAUCCGGUGUACCGGAUGACGAUCUAGACAACGUCGUCAGUGUAUUACAGGCGGCAGUUCAGCGUCGGGGCGAGGUUCUCACAGCUUCACCGACACAGCCUAACGCCGAUAAUGAAACCUAUAGUGCAGAAUUGGCUGCGAUGGGCAUCCAGGAGAUGUUUUGGUCCGCGUGGCAUUGGUUGGAAAGACAAGCAAAGAGCAUCGAACACUUCUGGAUCGAAGGGAAGGCAUUCGUUGUCAAGAUUGCUGGUCAAGCCUACGCGUGGGUUUUGAAUACAGUGACAGAGAUCGGCAAGGCCAUUGGCUGGCUGUUCAACAAGAUCCUCAAAUUAGGAGAGGAGGUUCUCAAGUGGCUGGGAUACAUCUUUCAAUGGGAUGAUAUCGUGGCCACGAAAGAUUCCAUUAUCAACAUCGCCAACGAUUCCCUUGAUAAGGGAAGUGAAAAGGCACAAGAGAUGAAGGCCAGUCUAGACAAGUUCUGCAGCCAAACCAAGGAAACGCUAAGCAAGGACCGUCCUGAGGAUAAAGUGUUAGACGACGAUAAGGCAAUUGUCAACGAUACCAAUGCCAAUUACGAAUCAGCUAAAAGCGAGCCGGUGCGAUCUGUCAAGGCCAACUGGGCUACAUAUCAGCUCCGACACGGGGGUGCUGGAAACGCCUCGGUCAUUCAUAAUUUCGAAGACGAAGAAAUGGACGCUCUGUACACAAAGGAAAUACAGGAAUGGGAGAAAGAACUGCCCAAAUUUGCAAAAGACCAAGAGAAACCCAUAGCGAAUACGGAAACAAACGUGGUCAAAGCGCACGAGCAUGGCUCAAGCAAAACGAAAGAUGUCCUCAAGAAGGUAGAAGUGAGUCUGUUGGAAGGCAUCAUCUCUGGCAUGCAGUCACUGGGAGGACUGCUUCUCGACAAAACAGCAGAAUGGAUCAAUAUCCUCAAGGCUCUACUCAACAAGCCCAUCACCAUACCAGUAUUUUCAGCACUAUACAAGAAGCUUCCAGGAAACGGCAACAAGGACUUUACCUUGCUGGAAGGCAUUUCUUUUAUUCUGGCCAUCCCGACCACCGUAAUCUCAAAGAUCAUCACUGGAGAUGCACCACCUGUGUAUAAAUCAGGAGAUUUCAGCAAGAUCCUCGAUCACGUCAAGUUUCCGACGACUCUAGACGAGGAUGGCGAGCCGGUUGAGAUAAAGUCACCACAGACUGAUGAUGACAAGCCGUCACACACAUUCAACUACUUUGCUAAUAUACUUAGUCUUGUUCUUCGUGGAAUCGGACUGGUUAUGAAUCCUCCAUCAGAGAUAUCAUCCUUUGAGGCUGAUUCAGAGAGCGACGGCAAGCCCAUGAUUUUCCCGCCCCCUGCCCAGCCAUUGAUUCAGCAGGCCAGACGGAUUGGCGAGCAGGAGAAAGGACUCCGGGUUGAUACCACCUUCUAUCGAUCAGUUUACACCGUGAUACACAACUGUUUCAGUGUGCCCACCGAAGACACACGGCCGGGUCACUCACUGAAGAUUCUCUCAUGGGCUAUUGCUCUCAUGGGCAACACUAUUGAUCUUGGCAUACUUGUGAUAAACAGAUUUGAAGCGGCACUAUCCAAAUUCAUGGGAGCAGUCCUGAAAGCUGUGGUGGAAUCCAUCAUCUACGCUCUUGAAGUCGCAGUUCGGGCCCAGGAGAUUGUGACACUAUACUGGACCGACAAGGAUGAUCUGUGGAGCUAUUUAGAUUGCGUUUCUCUCUCGUGUGACUUGCUGAAAACAUACGCGACGUCAGGAGAGACUCUCAUCAAAGGUAAGUUCUUUUGA